AUGCGGCAAACAAGCAAACAAAAUGUUCUCAGGAUGAUUUUAUUAUAUCAAGUGGUACAUUUCAUUUUAUUUGCCUCAGUUUCUGGUGACUGUGUGACUGAGCUGUUGACAGACACCUGCUUCGAAGGAGGAGACAUCACUACCGUCUUCACGCCAAGUGCCAGACAUUGCCAGCUCGUCUGCACCCACCACCCACGCUGUUUGCUUUUCACCUUCGUGGCUGAAUCGUCUUCUCAAGAUCCUACCAAAUGGUUUACUUGUAUCCUGAAAGACAGUGUAACAGAAACACUGCCAAGGGUGAAUAUGACAGGAGCCAUUUCUGGAUAUUCUUUCAAGCAAUGCUCACACCAAAUAAGUGCUUGCAACAAAAAGGUGUAUGUGGGCUUGGACAUGAAAGGCAUGAACUAUAAUGGCUCAAUUGCUAGGAAUGUUCAGGAAUGCCAAGAGAGGUGUACGAAUGAUGUGCACUGUCACUUUUUCACAUACGCAACAAGCCAGUUUCCCAGCACAGAGCAUCGUAACAUUUGUCUCCUGAAGUACACCCAAAUGGGGCUACCAACCAGAAUAAUGAAGCUUGGUUCAGUGGUGUCUGGAUUUUCCUUGAAAUCCUGUGCGCUUUCUAACCUGGCUUGCAUUAGGGACAUUUUCCCUGGUACGGCGUUUGCAGACAGUAACAUUGACAGUGUCGUGGCUCCAGAUGCCUUUGUCUGUCGCCGCAUUUGUACUCACCAUCCCAGUUGUUUGUUUUUUACCUUCUUUUCUCAAGAAUGGCCAAAGGAAUCUGAAAGAAAUCUUUGUCUCCUGAAAACAUCUGAAAGUGGAUUACCGAGUACACGCAUUAAAAAGAACAAAGCUCUUUCUGGGUUCAGUCUGCAAAGCUGCAGGCACAGUGUCCCAGUGUUUUGUCACUCCUCAUUUUACCACGACACUGAUUUCUUGGGAGAAGAACUGGACAUUGUUGAUGCGAAAGGGCACGAAGCUUGCCAGAAAAUGUGUACUGACGCCAUACGCUGCCAGUUUUUUACCUAUUCCCCAUCUCCAGAAUCUUGCAACGAAGGGAAGGGUAAAUGUUACUUAAAACUUUCUUCAAAUGGAUCUCCAACUAAAAUACUUCAUGGGAGAGGAGGCAUCUCUGGAUAUACAUUAAGGUUAUGUAAAAUGGAUAAUGUGUGUACAACCAAAAUCAAACCCAGAAUUGUUGGAGGAACGGCAUCUGUUCAUGGCGAGUGGCCAUGGCAGAUAACUUUGCAGAUCACGUCACCCAGCCAGAGACACCUGUGUGGAGGCUCCAUCAUUGGAAACCGGUGGAUAUUAACAGCUGCUCACUGUUUCGACGAGGUAGAGUCACCUAAAAUCUUGCGUGUCUAUAGUGGCAUUCUAAACCAAUCAGAAAUUAAAAAGGACACAUCUUUCUUUGGGGUUCAAGAAAUAAUAAUUCAUGAUCAAUAUGAAGUGGCAGAAAGUGGGUAUGAUAUUGCCUUGUUGAAACUGGAAACCGCAAUAAAUUACACAGAUGCUCAGAGGCCCAUAUGUCUACCUUCCAAAGGAGAUAGAAAUGUAAUAUAUACUGAUUGCUGGGUGACUGGAUGGGGGUACAGAAAGUUAAGAGGCAAAAUACAAAAUACUCUCCAGAAAGCUAGCAUACCCUUGGUGACGACUGAAGAAUGCCAGAUAAGAUACAGAAGGCAUAAAAUAACGAAUAAGAUGAUCUGUGCAGGCUAUAAAGAGGGAGGGAAGGAUGCUUGUAAGGGAGACUCAGGGGGCCCCCUGUCCUGUAAACACAACGAGGUCUGGCAUUUGGUGGGCAUCACCAGCUGGGGAGAAGGCUGUGGUCAAAGGGAACGGCCAGGGGUUUACACCAACGUGGUUAAGUAUGUGGACUGGAUUUUGGAGAAAACUCAAGCAGUGUGAAAGAGUCCCCACGUGCCAUUUGACACCUGAAAGGCAAACCAGAUUAUUUCUGGGAGGAGGGUUUUGAUUGCACUGAAGACAGAAGCUGGGCCGCCAUUUUCCUCCACAGGUUAUGGUACUGAGAUAGUAACGCAGUGAAGGGGGUGGGUAUUUGUGAGAAUGUGCCAAGAGAAACAAAUGAUCAUCUUCAAA